AUGUGUUUAAAUAAAUAAAUAAAUUUGGUGAAACAAUUAAAACACUGUCUCAAAAACCAAUGCUUGAAGAUAACGAAAGAACCAAGAGAUGACUGAGUGAAACAUGUAAGAAUUAUAAACUAAGAAUGUGAGAGGUUUAAAAAUAUCAUUGUACUACAUAUUCCAUGAAAGGGUACAAAGAACGUUAUUACAAAACCCGAAAACACCAUCAACCGAAAGUGUAUUCUAAAAGAUUCAAGCUGCAAACAAUCAAAGUAACGACAAAUCUUAACAAAGGCAAAAAGUUAUUUUAUCAUGAUUUAUUUAAACAUUUUUUUAAAAAAAAAAUAGUUCUCUUAUUGUUAUCAUACACUCUCUUAUGAUUUACAUGUACUUUAAAUGAAACAAGUACAUUUAUUUUUUUAGAAAACAAAAGAGAGAAAAAGAGGGAGAAAAAAAAGAGAAGAAAAUAUCUAAAUAACUCAUUACUUAACUAUGCACUCAAAUUAUUUAGUAUAAUUUCUUCAAUAAUAACGUAAUAUCAUGCACUUAUUUAUAUUUUCUCUUUGAAAAGAAAAACUAUAUAAAACGUUGAUUGAGCUAUCAAUGAAUUAAAAAGAAAAUCUCCAAUUACGUAACACUAGAAAUUUUAAAAAAUAAACAAAACAAAAACAAAACAAAAACAAUGAAAAGUGUUAUUUCAUUAUAUUUAUUAGUAAUGUUAUCAUAUACAAUAGGCGGUGAUUCAAUCACUCCAUAUUCAAAUGAUAAUUAUAUUCCAUAUAAUGAUAAUAAAAAUUAUCAAAAUAAUUAUAAUGAUUAUAAUUAUAAUAGUGGAGAUAAAAAUUAUGGUAAUGAUAAUCAUGGUAAUGUACAUACACAUGGGAAAUUUAUAGCAUAUGGUAAUGCAGAUAAAGGUUUAAAAUAUCAUCAAAUUACAUAUUUUCAUAAAGGUAGUAAAUAUCAAAAGAAAUUUGUUAAUUAUGAUACAAAAGGUAAAGUACAUUCAUAUGGUAAACAAAAUGUAAAAGCUAAAUUUAAUAUUGAAAGUAAUAUACAUUCUAAAGGAAAAUAUAAUGGUGGUAAAUUUGAUCAACUUGUUGGUUCUGGAAGUGGACAAUAUGGUGAAGGACAAAUACCAAUUGAAUAUGCUGCAGCUGGUAAUGGUCCAACUUAUAAUGCUCCAUCAACUUAUGAGGAUAAUAGUAAUAAUAAUAAUUAUAAUGAUCAAAAUAGUGGAGGAUCAUCAGAUGAUAAUACAUAUUCUAGUGGAACAUACAAUGAUAAUUAUCAACAGUCAUAUUAAUAAUAAAUAUACAAUUUUUUUUAUUAAUAAGUAAUAAAUUAUUACUAGUUUGUAAAAAGGAACACAUAAUAAUUAAAAUAAAUUUCUUGUUGAAAGAAC